AUGCCCUGGAGUCAGUCUCAGACUGAAGUUUUAUAUACAACAAGAUCAGCAAUGGAUGCGCCACAAGCUUCAGCUGGAGGAGAUUCUAUGGAAGUGGAGCGCCGUUGCUGGAUGUGUUUGGAGACCGAUAAGGAGGACGGUGGCCUGGCUUGGGUGAAUCCAUGUCUCUGCCGAGGAACCUAUAAGUGGGUGCACGAGAGCUGCGUUUCCCUCUUGAUCGACGAGUUGACCUAUACAGUCGACAACGAUCUGCAACCCGUUUCCUGCCCCCUAUGCCAAACGGAGUACAACAUUUCAUACCCGAAUCUCGGGAUUUUCGACAGGGCUUUGAAGCUGACCAACGGUCUUAUCCUAAAACACUUGUAUAAUUGCCUGGCCAUUGUCUUCACGGUGGCCUUUGCCUAUUUGUCAGCGACUUUAUUCGGAGCAAGAACAUAUAUGCAGAUCACUGGUCGGGAAGGUGGCGUUCAUCAAAUAAUUCAGUCGGGAGACCUGUUGCUUAUUCUGAUCGGAUUCCCAUUAAUAUCGGUAGUUCUGAUACUUGGACGCAUGAUUCCCUGGGAAGAUGCCCUGUUGCGCUUCAUUAUAAGUCUUCCAAGGAUCUGCCUAGGACCGGAAUAUGACCACACCCACCCAUACCCUCCUGCGCCAAUGCACGAAAAUUCGGGAUCGCGGGUGUUCUGUGGAGCCAUCCUCUUGCCCACCAUAUCCAUGUACGUGGGUAGGGUUCUUUACAGCUCUGUCGACGAUAAGUUGCAACAAACUCUUUUUGGAGGAUUGGCUUUCAUAGCGAUUAAGGGAAUCUUGAAAAUCUACCUCAUCCAUAACCAAUACAUCCGCCGUAUGCAGCGUCGCAUUUUGGAUUACACUGAUGAAAACCUAGUGGAGUUAGACGGACACUAG